AUGCCGUCUCUCAACUUGACAGGCGCCCGCGGCGUGGCUCGCCUGCUCCUCAUGACUGCCUCUCUGGUUAGUCUUGCCGAUGCGAUUGACGUCGAUAUUUGUGCAAGUCUCAACACCGCCGACAUGAAUAGGAACCUCAGCGUGUUCCAGACAAAUGGGCUUUGCCAUGAUCUCUGCACACCACAGGGUUUUGUCUAUGCCAUCACACAAUCCAACAGCUGCUGGUGUUCCAACUACACACCUGCAAAGUCAGCACAGGUCGCAACGUCUAAGUGCAGCUUGGGCUGCCCUGGCUACCCAGACGAAAAGUGUGGUGGUCCUGGUGUGUACGGCUAUGUGUUCCUCAAUAUUGCUCAGCCUUCAGGCACCAAAGGAGCAGGAUCUAGUACUACAAGCGAGUCGACCGAAGCUACGUCCAAGCCGACUUCGGCCAUAUCUACAUUGACUGCUGACGGGACAGUCAAGACGGUCACAAUAAUACCUACAGAAACUGGACAUACCGCAGGCGACAACCAAGGCGCCUCGGUCCAGGACAGCGGAUUGAAUACCGGCGGCAUCGUUGGAAUCGUAGUUGGUGUUGUUGGUGGAAUUUUAGUUUUGGCCGGUCUCAUUAUAUUCUUCUACCUCCGACGGAAGAAGCAACAACAAGAAAAUGACUAUCAAGACGACCCAAGCAUACGUGGUAGCUCGUCGGGGAUGAUGGGCUCCGGCCGUCCGGAAAUGUCGCGUGCCCCUGGCUCACCGGGUAGUACCGGCAAUAGGAGCAGCACCUUGCAGAUUGACCCUCGUAUGGAUCCUUUCCAGCAGACUCUAUACGCACGCAGCGGCAGUCGCGAGAGUGUCAACACACUGCGCGAUGACCAUGACUACUCCAGAAGGAUCCAGCAACCGAAGGUGUUAAGAACCACGAAUCCCGACCCCGCAUAG